AGAAGAAGGACCGUGGUCAUGGCGUCUUGUUUAUGUUAAGCUGUGUUCGGAUGACAGCUGAUUUUUUAACGACAUUAUAAACAGUCAUCACGUUAACAAACUCAUUAUCCAGGCGUAAGAGGUCAGUUUUGUUUAUAUCUAUGUUUUUUGGUGUAUCUUUCCCUCCAGUGAAUAAGAGCGAGGACCAGCGCAGCGAUUUAAACAGUGGGAGUCUUUAACGGACGAGUCAUGGAAGAUAAACGAUUAGCUACACGGAGAGGAGCGACCCACUGAUGUAUGAAUGUGAGGAGCGUCCACAGAUGCAGCAGUCUGCUGGACGCCAAGGAGGGACAAGGACCACAACCAGGAACAGAGGAAGCCCAGACUCUUCCGGAUCACACCCGAUGAGAGCUGCGAUGGGGUCCUUCCUACCCUGGCUGCACGAUGUGGCAGCUGUGACUCUUCUAAAAGCCCGGCGGACUUUAUUUCAGGCUGCCAUCCUGUUUUGUGUCCUGGGUCUGCUGCUCUGGGUGUCCAUAUUUCUCUAUGGAAGCUUCUACUAUUCCUAUAUGCCCACUGUGAGCUUCUCCACCCCGGUUCACUUUUACUACACCUCAGAUUGUGAUACCUCAGAGCCGGGGCUCUGUUCAUUCCCCAAGGCCAACAUCUCCUUCAUGAAGAACGAGAGGGACCAGGUUAUGGCUUAUGACCAACCUUAUCGUGUAUCUUUGGAGUUGGAGAUGCCAGAGUCACCGGUGAAUGAGCAUUUGGGCAUGUUCAUGGUCAGGAUGUCUUCCUAUACUAAGGGUGGGAGGAUAGUCUCAACAGUGGGAAGAUCUACUAUGCUGCACUAUCGCUCCAGCCUCCUGCAGACCGUCAGUACUUUAGUUUUCUCUCCUCUGCUCCUUACUGGGAUUGCUGAGCAGAAGCAGCUCAUUGAGGUCGAGCUCUUCUCAGACUACAAGACAAAUGCGAAUCAACCCACUAUUGGCGCGGUCAUCGAGAUCCAGUCCAAACGAGUGCAGAUCUACUCAUCCCAGCUGCGCAUCCAUGCAUACUUCACCGGUAUCCGUUACCUUCUGUACAACUUCCCCCUGACAUCUGCAGUGAUCGGCGUCGCCACCAACUUUGCCUUUCUCAGUGUCAUUGUGCUGUUCAGCUACUUGCAGUUCAUAUGGGGUGGUCUCUGGCCUCCAGACCAAGUAAGAGUGAGGGUUGUGAUGGGAGACAACACCCGCAUACAGCAGAGGAGACAGGAGGCUCGCAAACGCAUGGAGAGGGAGAACUCACAAAUGGAACUUGCCUCUCCCAAAGUGAUUGGUUCUGUGAAUGAAGCAUCUGAUUUCCAGGGAAAUGACACAAGGGCCGAGGAGUUGUCAAAGACAUCCUCAGUUAUCCCAGAUGCCUCCCAGGCUGAUGUGCCCAAUACUAAGAAGGAAGAGUCUCAUGACUUGAAGGAGCCCGAUGAGAAAGACGACUCGAGUGGAUGCCCUCAGCCCCCUGAGGGAGGAACGAUACUCCGUCAGAGACCUGGACCCUGGAUGAGCCUGUGAGCGAUGCCACUGCACACAGUUAAUGUUAUCUAUUGUAGCCAUAUGACCUGCAAUGUCCCAUCACUCUUUUUUGGCAGAUACCACUGACAAAGUUAAGGGAACCCAGUGUUUAUUAUUACUUUUAUUGUUUUAGUGACAAAACUUCAGUGUACUGUCUUGUCAGGAUAAGUUUACCUUAUUCAAUAUUGUUGACCUCCUAUUGUCUGCUGAGUGGGUACAUUUUCCAAAAGAGACCAGCACUGUUACAGGUGUAUGUUUGUGCCAUGUGUGUUUUAGUUGUAGCCACAACAGGAGCUGCUGCAUUCCAACAGUAUUGUCAGCACCAAUCUGGUGCUGAUAAUACGUAAACAAAUAACGUAAACUUGCUUAAUUUGCAUGAAAAUUUAAUCAUAAUUAUGGUCUGGCUCUCAAUCUGCAUUUUGUGUCAACACGUAUAUAUUUUAAAUUAGGAAAAUGCAUAAACUAAAUAUUGCGAUUGUGUCAGCCAAACUGAUAAGUCGGUCUACCUCUAAUCCUGAUAACCCACUCAUAAAAAUAAAAGUACAAUAAGUCUGUUAAGUAUUAUUUAAAAAUUGCAACUUUUUAUUGGAUGUAGCUUCUUUGCAAUGGAAACAAAGUGUUAUUGUUUAUCUGGAUUGUAAACGUCCAGAACUCCACACCCCUUUAGGACAUGUACUGUACAUGUGGCAUCAUCUUCUCAAAGCAAUUUGAUUUGGAAAAUUUGCUCCCAAAAGUUUCUUUUUAUUGAAUAACUUGCCAGAGUGUGCUGAUGCUCCAGCUGGAGGGAUUUGUUAUACCUUCCGUCUUACAAAUAGAGAUUUGUUGUGUCUUUGUGUGAUGUCUGAGUUCACUGCCAUGACAUACACAUGACCCACAUAAUGAUGGUUUUCAUUCCGUUUCUUUGAAUUCCGGAUGUGUUACAGUAGAAUUUUCACUGUUCAAUGUUGUCAAAAUGUUUUUCAUCACGUCAAAGAACUAACAGUAUUUUAGAUCUUUAUUUAACGUGGGGGAAUCUAUAUUAGAUGAAGGAUUCAUGAACUGUUCAUGUAUGAUUUUGUAGCAAAGAUAUAAAUAUAAAGCACUGUUGAGUGUUCUUCUUGGUUUCUGUCUUUCGGGAUGCUCCGCUUGAUACCUGCUGAAGUUACAUAAGUCAGUUUUAUUUAUGCACUGAUACUAAAUUAAACAAAUAAAUAAUAUUCACCUGUGUUGUUGUGUUGUCUUGGUGGUGAGAUUAUGGUCAUUGUUUUUGGCAAAGUCUGAGAUCCAGAGCAUAAUAAAUCUGGUUACCCUGCUCUCUUCAUCAUUAUUAAAACAGUUCAGUCUUU